AUGGCGGCGGAGGAGGCCGGGGGAGCGUCUUGUUCCUCGGGGCCGGCGUCGACCGGGCCGGGUCCGGGUCCAGGGCCGGGUCCGGGUCCAGGGCCGGGUCCAAGCCCCUGCGAGUGGUUGCUGCUGCGGGACGGCUGCCUGCGUUGCGACGCCGACGGGCUUUGCAGCCUGUGUUACCACCCGGCGCUCAACGCCAUCCUGGCCGUGACCGCCCGCGGCGCCAUCAAAGUCAUCGACGGCACCUCGGGAGCUACGCUGCAGGCGUCGGCGCUCAACGCUAAGCCAGGUGGUCGAGUGAAAUGUCAGUACAUUUCUGCAGUGGAUAAAGUCAUCUUUGUGGAUGAUUAUGCAGUUGGAUGUAGGAAGGAUCUAAAUGGCAUCUUGUUGUUGGACACAGCUCUGCAAACUCCUGUUUCUAAACAAGAUGACAUAGUUCAGCUGGAAUUGCCAGUGACAGAGGCCCAGCAACUGUUGUCUGCUUGCAUAGAGAAGAUAGAUGUGUCAAGCACAGAAGGAUAUGAUUUGUUUCUUGCACAAUUGAAAGAUGGAUUAAAAAAUACCUCACAUGAAACAGCAGCGAACCACAAAGUUGCAAAGUGGGCAACUGUUACGUUCCAUCUCCCUCACCAUGUAUUGAAGUCUGUUGCCAGUGCCAUUGUAAGUGAACUCAAGAAAAUAAAUCAAAACAUUGCUGCCUUACCUGUAGCUUCAUCUGUUAUGGAUAGAUUAUCUUACCUCUUGCCCAGUGCACGACCGGAACUUGGCGUGGGGCCUGGCCGAUCAGUGGAUAGGUCUUUAAUGUAUAGUGAGGCUAACAGACGGGAAACCUUCACUUCAUGGCCUCAUGUAGGUUAUAGGUGGGCACAGCCAGAUCCCAUGGCUCAAGCUGGGUUCUACCAUCAGCCUGCAUCAUCAGGAGAUGACAGAGCCAUGUGUUUUACGUGUAGUGUAUGUUUGGUAUGCUGGGAGCCAACAGAUGAACCUUGGUCUGAACAUGAAAGACAUUCCCCAAACUGCCCAUUUGUGAAAGGUGAACACACGCAGAACGUGCCCCUCUCAGUCACGCUGGCAACAAGUCCAGCACAAUUUCCUUGUACAGAUGGCACAGACAGAAUAGUCUGCUUUGGAUCUGGAAGUUGUCCUCAUUUUUUAGCUGCUGCAACAAAACGAGGAAAGAUCUGUAUAUGGGAUAUUUCAAAACUUAUGAAGGUGCACUUAAAGUUUGAGAUCAAUGCUUAUGAUCCAGUAAUUGUACAGCAACUGGUAUUGUCUGGGGAACAGAGCUCAGGGGUUGAUUCAAGAAGACCAACAAUAACAUGGAUAGAAGAUUCAUCUAGCUGUUCAGAUAUACCAAAAUUAGAAGGAGACAGUGAUGAUUUGCUAGAAGAUUCAGACAGUGAGGAGCAUUCCAGAUCAGAAUCAGUGACUGGACAUACAUCACAAAAGGAAACCAUGGAAGUUAGCCUUGAUGUAACUGCUCUCAGCAUUCUUCAGCAGCCUGAGAAACUUCAGUGGGAAAUAGUUGCAAAUGUACUUGAAGACACAGUGAAAGAUUUAGAAGAACUUGGGGCAAACCCUUGCCUAACUAACUGUAAAAGUGAAAAGAUGAAGGAAAAGCAUCUGGAACACCACAACAUUCCCUUUCCUUGUUUGUUAGCUGGAGGUUUAUUAACAUACAAAUCGCCUGCUACCUCUCCUGUUAGUAGUAAUUCUCAGAGAUCACUGGAUGAUUUAAGCAGGACUCAAGCUGGUAGUAUAUCAGACCUGGGAUCAACUGACAAUGAAUCCUGUACUAAUUCAGAACUGAAUUCUCCUCUGGUAAGGAGGACUUCACCUAUAUUACUGCUUUACAGCAUUAAGGAAUCUGAUGAAAAAGCAGGAAAAAUCUUUUCACAAAUGAACAAUAUCAUGAGUAAAAGUUUACAUGAUGAUGGUUUUACUGUUCCACAAAUCAUAGAGAUGGAGCUGGAUAGUCAGGAGCAAUUGCUAUUGCAAGAUCCUCCUGUGACAUACAUUCAGCAGUUUGCAGACGCAACAGCCAGCUUAACUUCUCCGGACUCUGAGAAGUGGAACUCAAUGGUUCCCAAACCUGGAACUUUGGUUCAGUGCUUAAGACUGCCAAAGUUUGCAGAGGAGGAGAAUUUUUGUGUAGAUUCAAUCACUCCUUGUGCAGAUGGAGUUCAUUUGUUAAUAGGACUGCGGACGUGUCCUGUUGAAUCCCUGAGUGCAAUAAAUCAAGUAGAGGCCUUGAAUAAUUUAAAUAAAUUAAACUCGGCACUAUGUAAUAGAAGGAAAGGAGAAGUAGAACCUAAUCUUACGGUAGUGAAUGGUGCAAAUAUCAGUAUGAUCCAGCAUGAGUCACCAGCAGAUGUACAGACGCCCUUAAUAAUCCAGCCAGAACAACGAAGUGCUAGUGGCGGUUAUCUAGUGCUUUAUAAAAUGAACUAUGCCACUAGGAUUGUGACUCUAGAAGAGGAACCUAUAAAAAUUCAGCAUAUCAAAGACCCCCAGGAUACCAUUACCUCAUUGAUUUUGCUCCCACCAGACAUAUUGGAUAAUAGAGAAGAUGACUGUGAGGAACCUACAGAGGAAAUACAAUUAACUUCUAAGAAUGGCAGCGAGAGAGAAAAAAGAUCGGAAAUCUCUGCUCUUGGGCAUCUAGUAAUAACCACUCAGGGAGGCUAUGUUAAAAUAUUAGAUCUUUCAAACUUUGAAAUCCUGGCCAAAGUGGAGCCACCUAAAAAGGAAGGUACUGAAGAACCAGACAAAUUUGUCUCAGUAAUAUACUGCUCAGGCACUGAUAGACUCUGUGCAUGCACUAGAGGUGGAGAACUUCAUUUUCUCCAGAUUGGAGGAACUUGUGAUGAUGUUGAUGAAGCUGAUAUUCUUGUGGAUGCAUCUCUGUCUAAAGUGACGGAGCAAUUAACAGAAGGCACAAAGCCUUUAUCUAAUCCUUCAAGUCCAGGUAUUACAGGAGUUGAUCUUCUAGUGGACCAGCCAUUCUCACUUGAAACUUUGACGUCUUUAGUAGAGCUUACUCGUUUUGAAACUUUGACACCACGAUUUUCAGCUACAGUUCCACCAUGCUGGGUUGAAGUGCAACAAGAACAGCAGCAAAGGCGACAUCCACAACACUUGCACCAGCAGCAUCAUGGGGAUGCAGCUCAACAUACACGGACUUGGAAAUUGCAAACUGACAGCAACAGCUGGGAUGAACAUGUCUUUGAACUGGUUUUGCCCAAAGCUUGUAUGGUUGGACAUGUGAAUUUCAAAUUUGUUUUGAAUUCAAGUAUCACAAACAUUCCACAGAUUCAAGUGACUUUAUUGAAAAAUAAAGCUCCUGGCUUAGGGAAAGUAAAUGAAGCAGCUGUAGAUAGACAGAUAACUUUUCCUCUGUCACCAGCUCAUAAUGAAGUGGAAAGAAAUGGAAAAACAGGACUGGAUGAUUUGAAUGCAGAAAUGCAAAACAUGGACGUAGAAGAGUCGCAGUGCCUUCGGCUAUGUCCCUUUUUAGAGGAUCAUAAAGAAGAUAUUUUGUGUGGACCUGUAUGGUUGGCUAUUGGACUUGACUUAUCAGGACAUGCUGGAAUGUUGACACUCACAAGUCCAAAGCUUGUAAAAGGCAUGGCAGGUGGCAAAUACCGUUCAUUUUUAAUCCAUGUGAAAGCUGUGAAUGACAGAGUAACAGAAGAAAUCUGCAAUGGAGGAAUCUGGCCUGUUUUAAGGAUACCAUCUCUGAAACCUCAAAAUAACAAGGGACAUUCCCUUGCAUCACUUUUAGCAAAAGUUGCAGCAGGCAAGGAGAAAUCUUCUAAUAAAGCAGAAACCAGUACUUCCUCACGGAAAUCUGACAACCUACGAGGAUGCGAUUUGCUGCAAGAGGUCUCCGUAACGAUUAGAAGAUUUAAAAAAACAUCUAUUUCAAAGGAAAGAGUUCAGAGGUGCGCCAUGUUACAGUUUUCGGAAUUUCAUGAAAGACUUCUUAACAGCCUUUGCAAAAAGGCAGAAGAUGGAGUUGUGACAGAACAUGCUCAAAGUCUUGUAUUAGAUAUCUUAUGUUGGCUAGCAGGAGUUCAAUCCAAUGGACCAGGGAGCUCAAGAGAAACAAAUGAGAGCUUGUUGUCGAAAACAAGGAUGUGUCUUUUCCACAUAAUUCGAGUAUGCUUCUUUGAAGCCGGGCGAAGCAUAGCACAUAAAUGUGCACGGUUUCUAGCUCUUUGCAUAAGUAAUGGGAAAUUUGAACCAAGUCAACAAGGAUUUAGCUCAGUCCUUCUGAAGGCUUUGCUUGGCAAUAUAUCUUAUUUACCUGCAGCUGCAACUGGAGGUUCUGUGUAUUGGUAUUUUGUUUUGCUGAAUUAUGUAAAGGAUGAAGAUUUAGCUGGCUGUAGUACUACGUGUGCUUCCCUGUUAACUGCAGUCUCUAGACAAUUACAGGACCGAUUAACACCCAUGGAAGCACUACUUCAAACAAGGUAUGGGUUAUAUAGUUCACCUUUUGAUCCGGUGCUCUUUGAUUUGGAAAUGAGUGGUUCUUCUUGUAAGAAUAUAUAUAAUAGCAGCAUUGGCGUUCAGUCAGAUGAAAUUGAUUUAUCUGAUGUUCUCUCAGGGAAUGGAAAAAUCAGUAAUUGUACAGCAGCUGAAGGUAGUUUUACUUCCCUCACUGGACUUUUAGAAGUUGAACCUCUACACUUUACUUGUGUUUCAACCAGUGAUGGAACAAGAAUAGAAAGGGACGAUGCAAGUACGUUUACCGUGAGUACCUUUGGGGUUACCCCAGCAGUUGGAGGCCUCUCAUCUGGGACAGUAGGGGAAGCCUCGACAGCCCUGAGUUCAGCAGCCCAGGUAGCUUUGCAGUCUCUCUCUCAUGCAAUGGCCUCAGCCGAGCAGCAGCUCCAGGUGCUUCAAGAGAAACAGCAGCAGCUUUUGAAGCUUCAGCAACAGAAAGCAAAGCUGGAAGCAAAACUACAUCAGACAACAGCAGCAGCUGCUGCCGCAGCAUCAGCAGUUGGUCCUGUUCACAACUCUGUGCCUUCCAACUCAGUAGCAGCCCCAGGGUUCUUCAUUCAUCCGUCGGAUGUCAUCCCACCCACUCCUAAAACAACCCCCCUGUUCAUGACUCCGCCUCUUACGCCACCCAAUGAGGCAGUUUCUGCUGUUAUCAAUGCAGAACUUGCACAGCUUUUUCCGGGUUCAGUCAUUGAUCCUCCUCCAGUUAACCUUUCUGCACACAACAAAAAUGCAAACAAGUCCAAAACGAAUCCACUUGGAACUGGACUUGCUCUUGCAAUAUCUCAUGCUUCACAUUUUCUUCAGCCACCUCCUCAUCAGUCUAUCAUUAUAGAGCGGAUGCAUUCAGGUGCAAGGAGAUUUGUGACAUUAGACUUUGGUAGACCCAUCUUAUUGACAGAUGUAUUGAUUCCAACUUGUGGGGAUUUGGCUUCCUUAUCGAUUGAUAUUUGGACACUCGGUGAAGAAGUUGAUGGAAGAAGGCUAGUUGUUGCUACAGAUAUUAGCACCCAUUCUCUUAUUCUGCACGAUUUAAUACCACCACCAGUUUGCAGAUUCAUGAAGAUUACGGUCAUUGGUCGCUAUGGAAGUACAAAUGCUAGAGCCAAAAUUCCUUUAGGAUUUUACUAUGGACAUACGUACAUCUUGCCUUUAGAGAGCGAGCUGAAGAUUAUGCACGAUCCUUUGCGAGGCGAAGUUGAAUCUGCAAACCAGCCAGAAAUUGAUCAACAUUUAGCUAUGAUGAUUGCACUGCAGGAAGAUAUACAGUGCAGGUAUAAUUUAGCUUGCCAUAGACUUGAAACACUCCUGCAAAGCAUUGACCUUCCACCACUGAACAGUGCUAAUAAUGCUCAGUAUUUUUUACGCAAGCCAGAUAAGGCAGUGGAGGAAGACAGCCGAGUAUUUUCUGCUUAUCAGGAUUGCAUUCAGCUGCAGCUUCAGUUGAAUUUGGCUCAUCAUGCUGUACAAAGGCUCAGAGUAGCUCUAGGAGCAAGCAGGAAGAUUCUGAAAGAACAGAGUGAUCCUAAAGAACUAAUUCAGAUGUCCUCCACAGAACAGUUGCGCACAAUUAUCCGAUAUCUGUUGGAUACUUUACUUAGUUUACUUCAUUCUUCCAAUGGGCACUCUGUUCCUGUGGUUUUACAAAGUACAUUUAACGCUCAAGCCUGUGAAGAAUUAUUCAAGCACUUGUGUAUUAGUGGGACUCCCAAAAUACGUCUGCACACAGGUCUUUUACUCGUUCAGCUAUGUGGAGGUGAAAGAUGGUGGGGACAGUUUCUCUCAAAUGUCCUGCAGGAAUUGUAUAAUUCAGAGCAACUUCUUAUUUUUCCACAAGACAGGGUCUUCAUGUUGCUUUCUUGCAUUGGUCAAAGAUCACUCAGCAACACUGGUGUCUUAGAAAGUUUGUUGAAUCUCUUGGAUAAUCUCUUGUCUCCUCUUCAGCCUCAAUUACCUCUCCACAGAUGCUCAGAAGGCGUUCUGGACAUUCCUAUGAUUAGCUGGGUUGUAAUGUUGGUAUCUAGACUCUUAGACUAUGUGGCAACAGUGGAAGAUGAAGCAGCUACAUCUAAGAAGCCUUUGAAUGGAAAAGAGAGAGAAAGAUUCUUGACAGGCAAUCAGUGGAGUUUCAUUAACAAUAAUUUACAUACACAGAGCCUCAAUAGAUCUUCAAAAGGCAACAGUAGCUUAGAUAGGUUAUAUUCCAGAAAGAUCAGGAAACAACUUGUUCAUCAUAAACAGCAACUUAACUUAUUAAAAGCAAAACAGAAGGCUUUGGUGGAACAGAUGGAAAAAGAAAAAAUACAAAGCAACAAAGGAUCAUCCUAUAAACUUUUAGUAGAACAGGCAAAACUAAAGCAGGCCACGUCAAAGCACUUUAAGGAUUUGAUACGCUUACGACGGACUGCAGAGUGGCCCCGUUCUACAUUAGACACUGAAGUAUCAACUGCAAAAGAAACUCCAGAAAUUGAGCCCCUUACAUUUACAUUGGCACAUGAACGCUGCAUCUCAGUGGUGCAGAAAUUGGCCCUCUUUCUCUUGUCAAUGGAUUUUACUUGUCAUGCAGAUCUGCUGUUAUUUGUAUGCAAGGUUCUUGCUAGAAUUGCAAAUGCAACAAGGCCUACAAUUCAUUUGUGUGAAAUUGUGAAUGAAGCUCAGUUAGAAAGGCUACUCCUGCUUCUGGUUGGAACAGACUUUAACAGAGGUGAUAUCUCUUGGGGAGGAGCGUGGGCUCAGUAUUCCCUGACAUGUAUGCUGCAAGAUAUUCUAGCAGGAGAACUGUUGGCUCCAAUAGCUGCUGAAGCCAUGGAGGAGGCAGCAGUAGGAGAGGAGGCGGGGACUUCAACUGUAGAUUCAGAUGAUGCUCUUCAGCAGUCUGCAGUUCAGUUAGUGGAAACUAUUGAUGAGCCGUUAGCACAUGACAUUACAGGUACUCCACCUUUGUCAUCUUUGGAAAAAGACAAAGACAUUGAUCUUGAGUUAUUACAAGACCUGAUGGAAGUUGACAUUGAUCCAUUAGAUAUUGAUUUGGAAAAAGAUCCUCUGGCAGCAAAAGUCUUCAAGCCUAUAAGUAGCACCUGGUAUGAUUACUGGGGUGCUGAUUAUGGUACAUACAAUUACAAUCCUUAUAUUGGAGGUGUUGGAAUUUCUGUGGCAAAACCACCAGUUACAACUGAGAAGAAUGGAUCACAGAUUGUGAGUGUAUCAGUCUCUCAGGCUUUAGAUGCACGUUUAGAGGUUGGACUGGAACAUCAAGCAGAACUGAUGCUGAAAAUGAUGUCUACUCUGGAGGCAGAUUCCAUUUUGCAGGCCCUGACCAAUACAUCUCCUACAUGUAAUUUUGCACAGUUAAACCUAAGCAUCUCUGAAUGUUAUGUAGCUCAGUCUCCUGGCGGAACAGAUGAUUCUUUGCUACGUGGGUUGCACACUUCAAAUCAAAACAAUCAGUUUAUUGUCCAGUUGUCCUCCAUUCCAGUGUUAAGUGCAUGCUUCAAUAAACUAUUUUCCAUGCUACAAGUCCAUCAUGUUCAGCUUGAGUCCCUAUUACAGCUAUGGCUCACAUUAAGCCUGAAUUCUGGAACUGCUGGAACUAAAGACAACUGCACUGACAUUUUCUUAUACAAUGCCAACCGGACACCUGUCAUUCCUUUAAAUCAAGCAUCAAUAACUAGCUUCCUGACUGUCUUGGCGUGGUAUCCUAAUACCUUGCUGCGAACAUGGUGCCUUGUACUUCAUAGUUUAACUCUCAUGACAAACAUGCAGUUCAAUUCUGGUUCUAGUAGUGCCAUUACAUCUCAGGAAAGUACUGCCCAGCUAUUGGUAUCAGAUCCUAAUCUUAUUCAUAUUUUAGUGAAGUUUCUUUCUGGAACAAAUCCCCAUGGAACAAAUCAACAUAGUCCACAGGUUGGCCCAACAGCCACCCAAGCUAUGCAAGAAUUUCUUACUCGUUUACAAGUGCAUCUUUCUUCAGCGUGCCCUCAGAUGUUCAGUGAAUUUUUAUUAAAGUUGAUACAUAUUCUUUCAAUUGAGAGGGGUGCUUUCCAGACUGGCCAGGGUCCUCUGGAUGCACAAGUGAAGCUUCUGGAAUUCACACUUGAGCAGAAUUUUGAAGUCGUUUCAGUGAGCACCAUUUCUGCCGUUAUUGAAUCCAUCACAUUUCUAGUGCACCAUUACAUUACGUGUACCGACAAAGUAAUGUCUCGUAGUGGUUCCGACAGUUCAGUGGGCGCGCGAGCCUGUUUUGGAGGACUCUUUGCUAAUAUCAUCCGGCCAGGGGAUGCCAAAGCAGUCUGUGGAGAGAUGACCAGGGAUCAGCUCAUGUUUGAUUUGCUCAAGUUGGUCAAUAUCCUGGUUCAGCUGCCUCUUUCAAGCAACAGAGAAUAUAGUGCUCGGGCUCAGAUGGCCAGCAGCACCACGGACAGUGUUUCUGAUGAAGAAAAGGUUUCUGGUGGAAAAGAUAGCAAUGGAAACAGUGGGAGUACUCAAGGCUCAACUAUCUAUGUAGCUGACCUAGUCUUAGCAAACCAACAAAUUAUGAGCCAGAUUCUGUCUGCUCUGGGCCAAUGUAACAGCAGUGCUAUGGCAAUGAUAAUUGGUGCCAGUGGUUUACAUCUUACAAAACAUGAGAAUUUUCAUGGAGGAUUGGAUGCCAUAUCAGUUGGAGAUGGAUUGUUUACUAUCCUAACAACACUCAGUAAAAAAGCUACAACUGUGCAAGUGAUGCUUCAGCCAAUUCUUACCUACAUGGCCUGUGGGUAUAUGGGAAGACAAGGUUCUCUUGCCACUUGCCAGUUGUCUGAACCUUUGUUAUGGUUCAUUUUAAGAGUACUGGAUACCAGUGAGGCACUGAAAGCUUUUCAUGAUAUGGGAGGUGUUCAGCUCAUUUGCAAUAACAUGGUGACCAGUACCAGAGCCAUUGUAAACACAGCGAGAAGCAUGGUUUCAACUAUUAUGAAAUUUUUAGACUCUGGCCCUAGCAAGGCAACAGAUGGUACUUUGAAAGCAAGAGUACUAGCUUCUGAGCCUGAUAACGCAGAAGGAAUCCACAAUUUUGCACCAUUGGGCUCAAUUACGUCAAGUAGUCCUACAGCCCAGCCUGCUGAAGUAUUGCUGCAGGCAACUCCACCACAUCGAAGGGCUCGAUCUGCCGCUUGGUCUUACAUCUUUCUACCUGAGGAAGCCUGGUGUGACCUUACAAUUCAUCUCCCUGCUGCAGUGUUGCUAAAAGAAAUACAUAUUCAGCCACACCUUGCCUCUCUUGCAACAUGCCCUUCUUCGGUAUCUGUUGAAAUAAGUGCAGAUGGGGUGAAUAUGUUACCUUUGUCAACACCUGUUAUCACAAGUGGUCUUACCUACAUAAAAAUACAGCUUGUGAAAGCUGAAGUUGCCUCAGCUGUGUGUCUUCGCCUUCAUCGCCCACGGGAUGCUAGCACGUUAGGACUAUCUCAGAUUAAACUACUUGGACUCACUGCCUUUGGUAAUACUUCCUCUGCAACAGUCAAUAAUCCAUUCCUUCCUUCUGAAGACCAGGUAUCUAAAACAAGCAUUGGAUGGUUAAGGCUGUUGCACCAUUGCCUCACUCACAUAAGUGAUUUAGAAGGAAUGAUGGCUAGUGCUGCAGCACCUACUGCCAACCUCUUGCAGACAUGUGCUGCUCUACUGAUGUCACCAUAUUGUGGCAUGCAUUCUCCAAAUAUUGAGGCUGUGCUUGUAAAAAUUGGACUUCAGUCCACUAAAAUUGGCCUCAAAUUAAUUGACAUUCUUUUAAGAAAUUGUUCUGCCUCUGGGAGUGACCCUACAGAUUUGAACAGCCCCUUGCUUUUUGGAAGAUUGAAUGGCCUGUCUUCUGACUCCACAAUUGACAUUCUCUAUCAGCUUGGGACGACUCAGGACCCUGGAACAAAAGAAAGAAUUCAAGCGUUGUUGAAAUGGGUCAGUGAUUCUGCAAGAGUUGCAGCCAUGAAAAAAAGUGGCCGAGUUAACUACGUCUGUCCAAACAGUUCUACAAGAGAAUAUGGUCUUCUCAUGCCAUCUCCUUCACAUUUGCAUUGCGUAGCAGCAAUUUUAUGGCAUAGCUAUGAAUUGCUUGUAGACUAUGACUUGCCAGCAUUGUUGAACAGAGACCUUUUUGAGUCUCUGUUUAAUUGGUCCAUGUCUCUUCCGUGCAAUGUGGUUUUGAAGAAAGCUGUUGACAGUCUCCUUUGUUCUAUGUGCCAUAUUCAUCCAAAUUAUUUUUCCUUACUCAUGGGGUGGAUGGGUAUUACUCCUCCCCCUAUCCAGUUGCAACAUAGACUGUCUAUGACAGACGACAGCAAAAAACAGGAUCUUACUUCGUCUUUAACAGAUGACUCUAAAAAUGCACAAGCACCCCUUGCACUAACUGAAUCGCACUUGGCCACUCUUGCUGCCUCAUCACAGUCCCCUGAAGCUAUUAAACAACUAUUGGACUCAGGGUUGCCCUCCCUCCUUGUAAGAAGCCUUGCAAACUUUUGCUUUAACCAUACUUCUGCCUCUGAUUUCAGUGCUCCAUCAACCGAUAAUUCCCAAGACAGGAUCAGAAGGCAUCACGUUCCACAGCACUUUCAUAAAAUGCCUAUAACAGCAGAUUUAGUUGCCCCUGUUCUCAGAUUCUUGACAGAAGUUGGAAACAGCAACCUUAUGAAGGACUGGUUAGGUGGCUCUGAAGUCAAUCCACUAUGGACAGCACUUUUAUUUCUACUCUGCCAUUCUGGUGCUACUUCUGGAGGACAUGCUACAGCACCACAACAGAAUAGUGCUAGACCUACUUUGGUUCUUUGUGAACUUUUCCAUUCCUCUCCUCAAAGAAGCAAUCUCCCAACAUCUGGAAAUAUUUCAGGGUUUAUUAGAAGGCUUUUUUUGCAGCUGAUGCUAGAGGAUGAGAAAGUGACAAUGUUUCUUCAGUCACCUUGCCCAUUGUAUAAAGGAAGAAUCAAUGCUACCAGCCACAUAAUUCAACAUCCAAUGUAUGGGGCAGGACACAAGUUCCGUACUCUUCUUUUGCCAGUCUCGACAACACUGGCAGAGGUUCUUGAUCGAGUAUCAGAUACUCCUAGCAUCACAGCAAAAUUAAUUAGUGAACAAAAAGAAGACAAGGAAAAAAAGAAUUACGAAGAAAAAGAGAAAGUUAAAGCAGACAGCGGGUUUCAGGACAAUUACAGUGUUGUUGUUGCAUCUGGUUUGAAAUCUCAGUCAAAAAGGGCUGUAUCGUCCACCCCACCUCGUCCACCUUCAAGACGAGGGAGAGUGGUGACAGAUAAAGUAGGCAGCUCUGCCACAGGAAAUGAUUCUUCCAGCAAAACUAUUAGUGUUCCUGUUUUUCACCUAUAUCAUAAGCUGCUACCAGGUCAACCGCUGCCACCUGAGAUGACCCUUGCCCAGCUUUUGACUCUGUUGUAUGACCGCAAGCUUCCUCAAGGAUACCGAUCUAUAGACUUGGCAGUUAAGCUUGGCUCGAAAGUCAUCUCGGACCCCAGUCUUUCAAAAACAGAUUCAUUCAAGCGCCUACAUACUGAAAAAGAGCAUGCAGAUUUAUUGGGACCUUGCCCUGAAGAUGAAGCAGUCACACCGGUUGAAGAAUGCAUGGAUACAGUGCUGGAUGAAUCUUUUCUUGAUACUUGCCCGCUCCAGUCCCCAUUGCAAGUUUUUGCUGGGAUGGGUGGGUUGGCCCUCAUUGCAGAAAGACUUCCUAUGCUUUACCCAGAUGUGAUUCAACAAGUGAGUGCUCCGGUUGUUACAUCCACCACCCAGGAGAAGCAGAAGGACAGUGAUCAGUUUGAAUGGGUUACCAUUGAACAGUCAGGAGAACUGGUCUAUGAAGCCCCAGAAACAAUUGCAGCAGAACCGCCACCAAUCAAAUCGGCAGUCCAAACUAUGUCUCCCGUACCUGCUCAUUCUUUGGCUGCUUUUGGAUUAUUUCUUCGUCACAUUCUCCAGUCUCCUUCAGCUAAUGUGCUUCCAACUCUUCCAUUUCACGUGCUGCGCAGCUUGUUCAGCACUACGCCUUUGACUACUGAUGAUGGAGUACUUCUUAGGAGAAUGGCCCUGGAAAUUGGUGCAGUUCACCUUAUUCUUGCUUGUUUGUCUGCUCUUAGCCACCACGCUCCAAGAAUUCCCAAUUCUGGUUCCAACCAAACAGAGGUGUCAAGCACACACAAUAGUGCAUCAACAGAAGAACAGCAACUUUACUGGGCUAAAGGCACUGGAUUUGGAACUGGUUCUACUGCUUCAGGAUGGGAUGUGGAACAAGCUCUAACUAAACAAAGACUGGAAGAAGAGCAUGUCACAUGUCUUUUACAGGUUCUAGCUAGCUACAUAAAUCCUGCAGGCAGCAUAUCAAAUGGAGAUAUCCAGUCCAGCCAUGAAAGUAGAGGACAGAACAGCAGUGCCCUUCCAUCAGUUUUGCUAGAGCUACUUAGUCAAUCAUGUCUUAUUCCAGCAAUGUCAUCUUACCUCCGCAAUGAUUCAGUUUUGGAUAUGGCAAGGCAUGUCCCCCUCUAUAGAGCUCUUUUGGAACUUCUCCGAGCUAUUGCUUCGUGCAUAUCUAUGGUACCAUUGUUGCUUCCUCUGACUGGAGAAAAUGGAGAAGAGGAAGAAGAACACUUAGAAUCCCAAGCUUCGGUUGGAACUCUGUUAGCCAAAAUGAAGACAUGUGUGGAUACUUACACCAAUCGAUUGAGAUCAAAAAAAGACAAGUCAAAAACUGGAGUAAAGUCAGAUACUUCAGAUCAAGAACCAGAGGGGCUGACUCUUUUGGUGCCAGAUAUCCAAAGGACUGCUGAAAUCGUUUACGCUGCAACAACAAGUUUGCGUCAAGCUAAUCAAGAGAGAAAAUUGGCUGAAUCCUCUAAAAAAGCUGCAAUGAAACCCAAGCCAUUGGCAAUUUUAAGAUCUCUUGAAGAGAAAUAUGUAGCUGUAAUGAAAAAACUCCAGUUUGAUACUUUUGAGAUGGUUUCUGAAGAUGAUGAUGGAAAACUUGUGUUUAAAGUAAAUUACCACUACAUAUCUCAGGUCAAAAACGCCACUGAUGCAAACAGUGCUGCUAGAGCCCGACGUCUUGCUCAAGAAGCUGUAACGCUUUCUACAUCACUGCCACUCUCUUCAUCAUCCAGUGUCUUUGUCCGCUGUGAUGAGGAGAGACUAGAUAUCAUGAAGGUUUUGAUAACUGGCCCAGCAGACACACCUUAUGCAAAUGGCUGUUUUGAAUUUGAUGUAUAUUUUCCACAAGACUAUCCUAACUCACCUCCACUUGUCAACCUGGAAACAACUGGAGGGCAUAGCGUGAGAUUCAAUCCAAACCUAUACAACGAUGGCAAGGUUUGUUUAAGUAUACUCAAUACUUGGCAUGGAAGACCAGAAGAGAAGUGGAAUACUCAGACAUCGAGCUUUUUACAAGUACUGGUCUCUGUGCAAUCGCUCAUUUUAGUUGCAGAGCCCUAUUUCAAUGAACCAGGCUAUGAAAGAUCUAGAGGAACUCCAAGUGGCACGCAGAGUUCCAGAGAAUAUGAUGGAAAUAUACGGCAAGCAACAGUUAAAUGGGCAAUGCUUGAACAAAUCAGAAAUCCUUCCCCAUGUUUUAAAGAGGUUAUACAUAAACACUUCUACUUGAAGAGGAUAGAGAUAAUGGCUCAGUGUGAGGAGUGGAUAGCAGAUAUACAGCAGUACAGCAGUGAUAAACGGGUAGGCAGGACUAUGUCCCAUCAUGCUGCAGCUCUAAAGCGUCACACAGCUCAGCUGCGGGAAGAGCUUCAGAAACUCCCCUGCCCUGAAGGCUUGGACCCAGAUGUGGAUGAUCCUGACGAGAGAUGCAGUGCCAUGACUAGUAUUGAGGACACUCUCUUACACGAGCAAGUCAAACCAAGCAGCAGUAAAGACCUCCCAAGUGACUUCAAAUUAUGAGCUAUGUUGACAUGGACUUGAUAGACACACAAGGCUUUGAAGCACAAGCCAAAUAUGUCAAUAUUUGUAUCUAAGAAGCUAAUUAUGUAAUAGGUAAAGAAAUUGAAACUCUAAUAUGCCCUUCAGGAUAUACAGUUUAAUUCAAGAUGAUCUUUUAUUUACCUGUACAAGAGUGUAAACUUUUUUGUGCUUUUAUUUUCCAAUUGUGAGAACCACUGAUUGGUAUGUUUAAAAGUUAUGUAUACAAGAAUGGAUAAAUCACUGUUAUAUAAGGGAAGCUACCUUAGGAAAGAAUGUUUACUGAAUGUUUAUUAUUUUUUUUUUACUUGUAGAGUGAGGGCAGUUGUAACAGAAUAUAUAUUGGUCAUUCUUACAGCUACUAUUUAAAGUCAGACAGUUUUCACUGAAUUUGAUAGAUUUUACGUUUGGCCAUAUCUCCAUUCUCAUAUUUGAUUUCUAAAGAGAACCUUCUGUAUACUUCAAUAAAGAUCAAAUGGACAUG